AGAAGAUAAAAUAAAAAUGGAGAGCUGUAAUCGGAGGCCUAUUGGGAGUGGCAUUCACUUGGAAAUAGAAGGAGAGGAAAAGAUUGAGGAAGAGACGACAUAUUACUUUGAUGGAAUCACUCCCAAACGACACGCUAAGCCUCAAAGGAGUGAAUAUUCAUCAAAAGAUGUUGAUGCUCUCCCUAAUACUCUCGAUGACUUUAUUCCUGAAUUCUCUUUGUUCCAAAGUUUGGAAAAAGUUGAUCCUCAGCAGAAACAACUAGUUAAUAAAGGUAGCAAAGCGGAGGAGGAGCUUGAAGAGAUGAACGACUACACGAAUUAUAACUCUUUUGACGAGCAACAUUUACAUCACAAGACGGACAACACGAGUGACGAGAGCUGCAACUCGGGUUCUACUUCCGUGACCAACUAUGAUGAAUCUUCCAAGCGGGACCCAGCCAUUGAUGACACCAUGUUUCCAAUUCCAGAGUCAGUAAACCCACUGUUGACUGGUUUCCUGUUCUGUACGGACGUGGUACCCUAGUAGCCCUGGUAUGAGUAAUAAUAAUAUAUGAGGUGGGGGCGGGUAGGGGGUUAAAAAUAAACUUGAGUUGAGGGGUUGUGCAGGGUAGGAGAAGCUCUUCCGCUUUCUAACCCAACCCAACCCAACCCGAUUAUAUGUACUUUUAUUUUAAAUUCGAGAGAUU